GCUUGGGUCGUUGGACGGCGGGUUGAGUGGAUGGAUGUCCAAGUGUUGCUUGCCUUCAACCAACCAACAACGACCGUUAACAUUACAUGCUCGUGUGAGCCGCCGCCUGUAAGAUGAAGCGCAAACUCGAUGAAAACAACGAGCCUGUCCUCGCCGAAACGCCAAGUACAGGAGAGACAGCAGGUGCCGCGACCACAUUUCGAGACCUCGGCCUUGAAGAUCCGCGAUUGCUGCAGGCCGUUGCCAGUCAAGGCUUCGAGAAGCCGACCCUGGUGCAGAGCAAAGCCAUCCCGCUGGUAUUGGAUGGCCACGAUGUGUUAGCUAAAGCUAAGACGGGUUCAGGAAAGACUGCUGCAUACGUCCUACCGCUUUUGCAAGCCAUCCUCAGACGCAAGAAGACAUCUUCGGAAUCGUACAUAGCGGCUCUCAUCGUUGUCCCAACCAGAGAACUGGCCGAUCAGGUCGCCAAAUCCAUUGAUUCGUUCUCAGCUUUCGCAGCCAAGGAGAUCCAGACCGUGAAGCUAUCCGACAAAGUAUCAGAUGCCGUGCAGAAGGCACUCCUCUCAAACACCCCCGAUAUCGUGGUUGCAACGCCGUCUAGAGCAUGGAAAUGCAUUGAGAGUGGAGCGCUAUCGGUGGAGAAGCUCACUCAUCUGGUCCUCGACGAAGCUGACUUACUUCUUCAAUAUGGCUACAAUGAGGACCUCCAGAGCAUCACUGGAUCCAUACCCAAAAAUAUCCAGACAACCCUGAUGAGUGCGACAUUGACUACUGAGGUCGACACUUUGAAAGGAACCUUCUGCCGCAGCCCCACCGUGCUUGACCUGGAGGAGCCUGAUGCUGAAGGAGAAGGCGUCCGGCAAUUCGUUGUUAAGUGCGCAGAGGACGAGAAAUUUCUUCUCACCUAUGUGUGCUUCAAGAUGGGCCUCAUAAAGGGGAAGAGCAUCAUAUUCGUCUCCGAUGUCGAUAGAAGUUACAGACUGAAGCUGUUUCUCGAUCAGUUUGGCAUAAGGAGUACCAUUCUUAACGCCGAAUUGCCUCUGAAUAGCAGACUGCACACUAUCGAAGAAUUCAAUCGAAAUGUUUACGACAUCAUCAUCGCCUCCGACGAGAACGAGGCCAUCGGCGACGAAGACUCCCUAGAAGCUACAACCGUCCAGGAUGGUGCGGGCGAGGAGAAAUGCGACUCUAAAAAAGCCAAAGGCAAGAACACGGACGAAGUCCCGCCGAAGAAGAAACGGAAGUCGUCUAGACGUGACAAAGAAUAUGGUGCUGCUCGUGGUAUCGAUUUUUCGGAAGUUGCCUGCGUGAUCAACUUUGACCUGCCCACAUCUUCCAAGUCUUACACCCAUCGUGUGGGGCGUACUGCCCGAGCUGGUCGGUCCGGUCUUGCUCUGUCUUUCGUUAUUCCGAAGGAAAAGUUUCGAAAGCAUCUUCCGACGAGCAUUGCUACAGCAGAGAACGACGAGAAAGUACUGGACAAGAUAGUCAAGCAGCAGUCAAAGAAGGGCAAGGAAAUCAAACCGUACCUGUUUGAUAUGAAACAGGUUGAGGCUUUCCGUUACCGUAUGAACGAUGCAUUACGAGCGGUAACGAAAGUUGCGAUAAGAGAGGCUCGAACCCGGGAGCUAAGGCAAGAGCUACUUAAAAGCGAGAAACUGAAGCGCCACUUUGAGGAGAACCCAGCUGAGUUAUCCCAUUUGGUGAGACAUGACGGAGAACUUCGAGCUGCGAGGACACAACCGCAUCUUCGGCACGUACCUGACUACCUUCUGCCCGCGGAAGGUCGGAAGGGGUUGACUUCACAAAAUGUUGGUUUCGUUCCCUUCAGAAAGCCUGGAGAUGGCAAGGGCAAAAGGGGCAAAUCGUUCAAAGGCAGAGGCAAGAAGUUCGGCGGGCGCAAGGCGGAUCCGCUAAAGUCAUUCAAGGGAAGGCCUAAAGGCAAGUAAGCUGGCCGACGUAGUUGCAGUUUAGUCUACGUCUUGAUGAUAAUACCCUCAGAGCUUUACACGAUCCAACUCAAUGUUCGUGCUUCUGCAGAUCAACCUGAAAUGACCCCUCAAUGUCGUCGGAUGUCCAGCUGUGUGGACUUGACUCAUAAUCUGCCAUGUGCACAUCGUGCAAAUUACCACAAGGGCCAUCAAUAU